GUCUCCCCGAUAGCCAUUGCCGAUCAAGCCUGUGGGUCGAGGCAGGAGGCCGACAUGGUGUUUGUGAUGGACAGCGAGAGCGCGGGCCGGAAGAACACCCAGAAGGUGACCGACUUCAUGAAGACCGUGGCCAACUCCGUGGACCUCAGCAGCGAGACCAUACAGAUGGGCAUGCUGCAGCCAGACGAUUGUGAGCCGUCCGUCCAUUCGUUCAAGCUUGAUGGAGAUCGUGAUCACUUAGUCUCGUCAUUGGAUGGUCACGACGCCGACAAAUUACCCCGCCUGAUUCGUGAACUACGGCGACAUGAGUUCAACGCCAAGAACGGGGCAAGGAAGGACGCUAAGAAGAUAGCAAUCAUUUUAAUUGAUGGCGAACUGGCAGAGCCACUGAAAGCUUUGAGAGAAGCCAGAAGGGCAAACUUGAGGGGCAUUGAGGUUUUCAUCAUAGUUGUGAGCAAGGACCCGCCCCAGCCAGAGAUCAACAGCAUGUGCGCCUACCCCCCUGAGAACCACUUAUUCCAGGUGCCGGAUUACGAUAAAUUACAAGACUUGCAGGAUAGCCUCAUUGAUAUGUUAUGUGAUGAAUUGUAGCCGCUCAACUAUGGAACUGUAAAUAGAAUCAAGAUUGUUUUUUUUUUUGGUCAACAAUUGCUUGUAAAAUAUUAUUUCAACUUUAAUCAUUGUUAUGAAAUUCCUCUCACGUAUUAAUUACUUCUUUUUAUAUUCCCUGUCCUGGUUAAGCUUAUCGUCUUCCACGUCUGUUAUGUUAAAAACUAUGUAAAUUAAAGAUGAAUGUGUCUUGAAUGUUACUGUAUUCAUUUAUACCACUGCAAAUAAAUAUCCUGAAUUAUUGUUUAUUGUAUGUAUUACCUAAAAUGAAAAGAACACAGAACUCAUCAUAACUUGAAAAUAGUAAACUGAAUACAAAAAGGGAAUAUUUUUAAAAAAGUAGAAAUAUAUAAUUUUAUUUUAGAUUCAAAAGGUUAUCUUAAAAAAUUUAUAUUUGAAUUUCAUACUAAGCUUACACAUAUGUAGCCUUUUUUUUACUUUUAAUUUUCAACGUCAUUUAGACGGAGUUCUCAUACAGACAAAUAAGAUAAAUAAUUACAGACAAUUUAUUUAAAAAAAAAUUUUAACUAAUAUAAAUAAGAACAUACUUGUUAGGAAAAUUUUAAGAGUUUGUAUUAAUAACUAUGAAGAAAAAUUUAUAAAACAUUUUUUAACAUUAAGUACCUCACGAAAACAGAUAAGUAUUCUCAGGAAAAAACAACUGAAUUGUCUUUAGCGUUGAAGGUUCCCACUGUUGUUUUUUUAACUCAGCCUGGCUAUUGAGUUCAGUCUAUGCUAGUCUCUGUUAGAUUAAAAAAAAAGUUGAACAAUUUUAAAAUAUACUUUUUGUCUAAACUUUUGAUGCUAGUCUUAAAAACACUUCUGUUAGAUUAAAAAUAUAAACUUAAAUAUAUUUGUGAAGGUAUUUUUUUCAAUAAUGUUAACUAAAAUUGUGUCUAUGUGACAUAAACCUGAAAAUUGAAAAAAAAAAGGAAAAAAAAAACUGUUAUAACUUUGUUUCAAACAUUUUGAUUUUUACAAACGUUGCAUCUGAAGACAUGGGGUUAGCUUUGUAUCUGUUGUCAUUUGUGUUUUAUCCUAAGGCAUACAAUACUAGUGAAUACACUUAUACAUUUAAAAUCUACAGAGUUCCUUACAACUCAACUUUCGAUAGCUUAUAAAUAUUAUAUCUCUAAAAUACAUUUUGUGCAAAUUUCAAUUUAAAAUGUAGCAAAAAUGGUAUACACCGUUAGAAUUUAUUUACAUGAAAAUUAGGCAAUAAACAUGAAUUAUUUUUGCCUAUAACAUGAAACCAUAUCUAAUAGUUUUGUAAGAUUAAUGUAUUUUAUAUCAAUUAGUGUAAUAUAAAAUUACUUUGGAUUCAGGUUUCAUUUUUGAAAAUUUUUUCAUUAUUUCUGCCUGAAGAAAUCAUGACAGCUGAGCAUAUAAAAAUAUUAGACAAUAUAUAAAAUAAUUCACCAGCCCAGCAGCUUCCAAUAGCUUCAUUUUACUGUAACAUCUACUAUGUCACUUUAUCAUUCACUCUAAUGUAAACUGCUUAAUUUAAACAUUUUUAUCAUUAAUAGAUAUAGGCCUACACAUUCAGUAUACACUGUAUGUGAAGUUUUUUCUUUGUUAACUUCAUAUUCCAUUACAGAUCUGUAAAAAUCUAAAAAAAAAACAACAACUCUCAACUGAUUUGUCACUGUAUUUCAAAAUGGUGCUUUGUGUUUAUGAAGUACGGGUCUAAGUGCAAUAUUUAUUCACCAAAACUUUAUAGCAGUAGUUUUAGUUUUUUAAAAUAAUUAUAUUAUAACAUUUAAAAAAUUUAAGUUUGUCGCAGUUUUUUAUAAAAUCAGACCACAAUCCCUUUAAAAAAUAAUCUCAGUUAACUAGCAUGCCUUUACGGGAUGAAUUAUUUUUAAAAUGGAUGGAUUCUAGAUCUUCAUUAGUGUUAAAAUGUAAAAUGGUAAAUAAAACUUGUUAUUUUUAAUUGACAUCACAAUAUCAAUAACCACUUGGCUUAUAGAUUCCUAGCUUGCUUCUUUUGUAAAACAAAUUCUUCCAUGUACACCUUGGUGAUGACAUUAGCAAGAAAAUGAUUACAGUGCACACCAGAGUAACAUGAAGAUUACAAGUGUGUUAUUAUAAAAAUGCUAUUUUAAAAAAAAAAUCACAUUUAACAUAUAAUAUGCUGUAUGAAUUAUAGUGCACAUAUACAAUGCAAAAUAUUUUUUAAAAUUUAUUGGGAAAUUGCUAAAACGUUACUAAAAUGAAAAUGACUAAAUUGUUUAAAACUGACAAAAAAUUAAAAUACUGUCAUGAUAAAGACUAGCAAGUUUGUUUUUGUUGUUUUUUAGAAUCCAAGUAACUAUUGUUUUAUUAUACGGCCAGUUAUAAAAAUAAUGCAUUAUGUAGAAGAGGUUUUUUAAAUUAAUAUUUUUAAUAGUUUUUUCUACUCUGUACUGAACAGCUUUGCUUAGCAGUGUACUAUACAGCUAGGGAACUUAAGCAUUUUGUCUAAUGUGUGUUAAUGAAUUAUAUCUUUAGUUUGAAUGCUGAAGUUUUCGCUUUGUGUUACAGAUUGCUUACAUGUUAUCAUUGGUUCAUACUGUAUCCUGGUGAAAUUAUUCCUUAAUUUUUUACUUAUACAAUCAACUUUUUAAUAAACACAAAAUUUCAUGGCUGCUGCAUUAUGGGAAAUUAUUUUUUUAUUUAUGUUGAUAGGACCUUCAGAUGACAUGUUGGGUAAAAGUGGUAAAACCUAUGUUAGUAUCAAAAGUGGUAUUUAACAACAGUUAAUAACGGUUUUGUGGAAAUAUAAAGAUUUAAGUGCAUGAUAUGAAAUUAUUCUUCUGACAAUAUAUAAACUCUUACUUAAAGAGGACAAAAAAAAGUUAAAUUAUUACCAGCUACUAUCAUGUAUAGUAAUAUUAUUUGUAUUUCAUUUAAUUUGUUCUUUGAAAAUCUUUUUCAUUCCUGUAUUGAUCUAUGCAUAAUUUGAUGAACAUUUUAAAUCUUGUGGCUUGUAAACGUUAAAUUUUAAAAAUAUUUUUCUUAUAAGGUAUACAAUUAUAUUCUAACAGAAAUUUAUUUAGAUUUCUCUAUAUAUAAUGUGUAGAAAAUUUCUUUAAAAAUAAUUUUUAAAAUAGCAAAAAAAUGCUUAAACAAAAGUGUAUAGUUUUUAAUUGUUUUUUUAAGUCAAAGUAAUAAAAAAGAUCAAAUAGGCCUAAACACAGUAAGAUAGUUAGUAUGCUCUUAUUAUUAUGUUUAUUUAUACUAAUAUUUGCUUAAAUAAAAAUGCUUCAUAAAAUAUUCUGUAUUCAAAUUACAAGUUACUCUCAAAUUGUAUAGCUCUUCUGUAAUCAAAGAAAUUAUUUAACUGAAAUGUUGAUGUUUUAUAAACUUAAUUUUAACACAUAUUUAAAACUGUAUUACUUUUCUAUUUUCUAUUUCAAAGAGUUCUUUACUUUACUACAUAACCCGCUGACACUGAUUUCUUUACAAGCUUUUACAAUUUUGAAAUGCUAUUUCUGUAAAACAAAAAUUAUUUAUAUAUAAUGGUUUGUUUUUGUAAAUAUCUAAAUUCUUUGAAAGUCUGUUUUUUGUAUUAAACGUUUUUUUUUCAUAUUCGCAUAAAAUUCAAAAUUCAAAUGCAUUUUGUGAUAUAAAUAUUGCAUUGAAUAAUAUGUUUCUUUUUGUUUUCUAUUAUUAUGUACAUGCUGAAGUUUUCUUUUAUAUGUUACAGGAUCUAAAUCUACAGCAAUUUUUUUUUCAAUACUCAAUAGUUAAAACAUACACUUGUGGGUAAUACAAAAAAAAAAUACACUGUAGAUUCUUUCAGCUUAUUUUAUUUAUCAGGAUAUUGUCUGAGAUACACACAACCACAUAGCAGCACAUUUUUUGUUUUAACUUUCUGAAGUCUUAGUUAUACUAACUGACAGGUAGGCCUAAAGCUACCUCAAUCAGAAGAAAAUCUUUUUAAAAAAUAGUAAGCCUGUUGACAGGCCUACUACUUGACUUGUUAAUUCAGUUUUUAGUUUUACUUGUUUCAUAAAAUAUUUUAAAAAGUAAAAAAAAAAAGUUAUAAAUAUAUUGUUUUUUUCAUAAAACAUUAAAUUAGCACGGUAUUUUAAAAAUAAACUGCUAAAAUUGGAAUUUAGGAAUUAAACUCAUAGGCCUAAAUAUUAACAGCAAUCAAUGCCAAGUUAAAUGUCACUACUGAAUUCGAAGUUACUUUGGCAUUUUGAGUUGAACUCUUGACAUUUAUCAUCAAACUUUUAAUUCUCAUUUCGGUGAAGGGAUAUAGGGAAGAAAUUAAUAUUGAUAUUUUACGGCCGACAUUUUAUACAUCUUUUUUGGAAGCAAAAAACAAAAUAGAAAAAAAUAAAACAGUCUGUCUACAAUUUGUAGAAAUUUACUUGUUUAUUUUUUAAAUAAAAUAUUUUCUUUGGAUGA